AACUAGCCUAUUCCACUCGCGAGAUUGUCAACUUACUGCGACGUUUGUAAUCCAUUUUUAAGGGUUACCAUAUCGAUUUAGACCCAAUUUCGUCCCCAAGAAAGUAAGAAAUACUCAUCACUUUCCUCACCAACAUGGGAGCUGUUCUGGGUGCUUGCUCGGCGGCUACUUGCGCUGCAAAUAUAGCAUGUUGUUGUGGUUCUGCUGCUUGUGGUUUGUGCUGUAAAGCUUGCCCUUCUUGCAAGAAUUCCACAUCGACGAGAAUUGUCUACUCCAUCUUUCUACUCUUUGGGUUAAUUUUGUCGUGUAUUGUGCUCAUACCGGGAAUAAGAGAAGAGAUGGAUAAAAUACCGAAGUUUUGUGAGAAAGAAAGUAAGAUUUGUGACAGCGUUGUUGGUUACCUAGCAGUGUAUCGUAUCUGCUUUGCCAUGGCAGCUUUCUUCUUCUUCUUCUGUCUCAUCAUGUAUGGUGUGAAGAGCAGUAAAGAUCCAAGGUCUGGAAUGCAAAAUGGUUUCUGGGGUCUCAAGGUCUUGAUUUAUGUUGGUCUGAUAGUGGGAGCAUUUUUCAUCCCAACUGGAUCUUUUGUGGAAGUUUGGAUGUACUUUGGCCUGAUUGGGGCAUUCCUGUUUAUCUUGAUACAACUGGUUCUUCUUGUGGACUUUGCUCAUUCAUGGAACAGCUCUUGGGUUGAAAAAAUGGAAGAGGGUGGCUCCAAAGUCUGGGCAGGGCUGCUGCUUUUCUUUACGUUCUUGAUGUAUGGCACUGCUGUGGCAGGAAUUAUCUGCCUGUACAUUUAUUUCACUCAUGGUGUAGAUGGUGCACCUGAGAAGAAAUGUCAUACCAACAAGUUUUUCAUCAGCUUCAAUUUGAUCCUGUGUGUUAUUGCAUCAGUGUUAGCCAUUCAUCCCAAGAUACAAGAACGUCAGCCCAGAUCUGGUUUGCUCCAGGCAGCUGUCAUUACACUCUACACUGUUUACCUAACAUGGUCAGCUUUGCUGUAUGACCCGGAUUCUUCAUGUAAUCCUUUUGUGAACACUGACCCUUCAGUGAAGAGCAUUGACAAACAAGCCAUCAUUGGUGUUGUGGUGAUGUUUCUCAUGGUUGUGUAUGCAAGUGUUAGGACAGCAAGCAGCUCACAAGUCGGAAAACUUGGUAUGAAGAACCCUACAGCAAGUUCCUCAGGUACUACUGAAGCCACUAUUCUUCAUGAUGGGGGAGGUGCUACCAGUGAUGUAAACCUGAUGGAGGAAGGGAAUGGACAGCGGGUGUAUGAUGAUGAACAAGAUGAAGUGGCUUACAGCUACUCCUUUUAUCAUUUUAUGUUGUUCCUGGCCUCUCUUUACAUCAUGAUGACCUUGACAAACUGGUACAAGCCUGAAUCCAGUGACAUCCACAAUCUUACAAACAGCGGUGUGGCAGUGUGGAUCAAGAUAACCUCCAGCUGGAUGGGUCUACUGCUGUUUAUCUGGACCCUCAUUGCCCCUGUCCUAUUUCCGGACAGAGAUUUUGACUGAGUGUGACCAGGCCUGUCUUCCAGAGUCCAUAGACAUUGCAACUGAUUCUCUGAAAGCCCGCAUAAACAUUUGGUUCUAAAUUAAAUUUUUUGUUCUGCUAGCUUAGGUUUAUAAAGCUAAAGGAUGUUUUUUCUUUUUGACUGUAGCGUUUAGCUUUUGUGAAUUGAUCCAAAUUUAGAGUUAAAAAAAAAAAAAGACAACAAGAAAGAAAUCAUGGCAAGAAUGUUUGAGAGUUUCCGUUGUUUAAUGGUUUAUUGUCAUCUUGGUUAUUUUGAUGUUUAUAUAAAAACUGAAAUUGAACUGAA